UUGUCAGAGAUUGUGCGAGAGUUCAAGACGACAAAUCGCUUGCUUUUGACUGGCACACCAUUGCAAAACAACCUCCACUGAGCUUUGGGCCCUGCUCAACUUCCUCCUUCCCGAUGUGUUCAACUCAUCUGAGGACCUCCGUACACAACUGAUGAGCACAUCGUCUACAACUGUGGGAAAAUGGUGAUCCUUGAUAAGCUACUGCCUAAGCUGAAAGCCCAGGGCUCUCGUGUGCUCAUCUUUUCUCAAAUGACACGCAUGCUUGACAUCCUGGAAGACUACUGUCUCUGGCGACGUUAUGGCUACUGUCGUCUUGAUGGCCAAACACCUCACGAAGAGCGCACACUGUCCAUCAAUGAAUUCAACAAGCCCAACAGUGACAAGUUCUUGUUUAUGCUCUCAACCCGUGCGGGUGGUUUGGGCAUCAACCUUGCUACUGCAGACGUUGUUAUCCUGUUUGACUCGGACUGGAACCCUCAGGUUGACCUGCAAGCUAUGGACAGGGCCCAUCGUAUUGGGCAGACGAAAGCUGUGCGCGUGUUCCGUAUGAUUACCGAAAACACCGUUGAGGAACGCAUCGUCGAGAGGGCUGAAGUGAAGCUGCGACUUGACACAGUGGUCAUCCAGCAAGGCCGGCUUGUGGAUGCUCAGGCCAAGAUUGGCAAGGAGGAGAUGCUGGGCAUGAUUCGGCAUGGGGCAGACCACAUCUUUGCUUCCAAGGAGAGUGAGAUCACGGAUGAGGACAUCGAUGCCAUACUAGAGAAGGGCGAGCGCAAAACAGAGGAGCUUAAGACCAAGCUUGAGUCGCUCGGCGAGGGCUCCUUGCGAAACUUCACUCUUGACACCCCGCAGGAAUCUGUUUACAAGUUUGAAGGAGAAGACUACAGAGAGAAGCAGAAGAGUGGGGGGCUGAAUUGGAUCGAACCACCCAAACGGGAGCGUAAGGCCAACUAUGCGGUCGACGCGUACUUCAGGGAGGCCCUGCGUGUGAGCGAACCAAAAGCCCCCAAGGCACCCAGACCACCAAAACAGCCGAACAUCCAGGAUUUCCAGUUCUUUCCUCCAAGGCUGUUUGAGCUGCUUGACAAGGAGAUUUACUAUUACCGUAAAACCAUUGGCUACAAGGUCCCAAAAAAUCCUGAUCUAGGAUCCGAUGCGGGCCGCAUUCAGCGGGAAGAACAGGCAAAGAUUGACGAGUCAGAGCCACUGACUGAGGAGGAGCUUGCAGAGAAGGAGAAGCUCCUUACAGAGGGCUUCACCAACUGGGCUCGGCGAGACUUCAACCAAUUCAUCAAAGCCAAUGAAAAGUACGGCCGUGAUGACAUUGAGAGCAUUGCCAGAGAUGUCGAGGGGAAAACGCCCGAGGAGGUGAUGGAGUACUCUGCAGUUUUCUGGGAACGCUGCCAUGAGCUGCAGGACAUAGAGCGGCUGAUGGGGCAGAUUGAGAAGGGGGAGGCACGCAUCCAGCGCCGGGCAUCCAUCAAGCGUGCCCUGGAGGCCAAGAUGAGUCGGUACAGGGCACCCUUCCACCAGCUGCGCAUGGCCUACGGCACCAACAAGGGAAAGAACUACACCGAGGAGGAGGACCGCUUUCUCGUUUGCAUGUUGCACAAGUUGGGCUUUGACCGUGAGAAUGUUUAUGACGAGCUACGUGCUGCCAUUCGACAAGCGCCACAGUUCCGCUUCGAUUGGUUCAUCAAGUCUCGAACGGCUGCCGAGCUGCAGCGACGGUGUAACACGCUCAUUACCCUCAUUGAACGAGAGAACCAAGAACUUGAGGAGAAGGAGAAGGCUGAGAGGAAGCGAAGAGGUGGUGGCCGUCCUAGCACACCCAAGGGAAAACGCAAGAUGGAUGGAAUUUCAGAAGGCCGAAAGAAGAAGCGGAAGACGCAAUAAUCGACAGUUUCCGGUGGCUAUUCCAUCUAGUAAUGUGAAGAUCCAUGUAAAUAUAGUUUAUAAGGACAUUAUUAUUUUCUUCUGUGAAUUUGCUUGUUUUGCAUUGACCAUGCCUAAAUCGUAGCUCAUUGCAUUUUGUACCAUGCGUACCUCUCUUGGUUCCACAUUGUCACCUAGCUUUGAUUUUGUUUCUUUAUAUAUUUAUUAUGGCCAAGGUGCUCUAUGAUUUUGGUCGGUGGACUUGGCUGGGACGCAAAAUUGCCCAUUCCAAACUUGCAUGCUAUGUCACAAUAAAUGUCAGUUCUUAGGUAU